CGGCCGUGAGGGGGUGCCCGGGCAGGGACGCGCCCGGCGCCGCUCGCCAGGCGGGGACCAGCUGCCAGGUGACUGCUGUUUGUCACCAGCCCCGGCUUGUGACAGGUUUCACUUCUUGCGCUUGCUGCUGCUGGGUCGUCGCAUGGUGCGCUCAGCAUGGCCAGUGCUCUCCAGGAAACCCCUUCACUCAAGGCCUCUCAGUUAGAGGAUGUUGAUGCAAAGCUCUCCUUCCUACCUGAAAGGCUGAGAAAGAAACUGCUUCCUUUUCAGGAAAAGGGCAUCCUAUUUGCACUUCAGAGGAGUGGCAGGUGUAUGAUUGCUGAUGAGAUGGGGCUAGGAAAAACCAUUCAAGCAAUUGCCAUUUCAUAUUACUAUAAACAUGAAUGGCCUCUCCUAAUUGUAGUGCCUUCCUCUCUGAAAUACCCUUGGGUGGAUGAGAUGGAGAAGUGGAUUCCAGAGCUCUCUCCAGAUGACAUCAGCAUCAUUCAGAACAAAACUGAUAUUGGGGGAAUAGCAACGAGCAAAGUAACAAUCCUGGGGUAUGGGCUGUUAACAUCUGAUGCACAGACCUUGGUGGACACUUUGUACAGGCAGAAGUUUAAGGUGGUUGUGAUUGAUGAGUCACACUACAUGAAAUCCAGAAAUGCCACCCGUAGCAAGAUUUUACUGCCAAUUGUUCAGAAAGCUCUCAGAGCUGUUCUCCUUACUGGAACUCCUGCUCUAGGAAGACCUGAAGAGCUCUUCAUGCAGAUUGAGGCACUGUUUCCAAGAAGAUUUGGAACUUGGAAUGAAUAUGCUAAAAAAUACUGUGAUGCUCGUGUCAGGUUUUUUGGUAAAAGAAGGCAAUGGGAUUGUAGAGGAGCUUCAAACUUAGAGGAACUACAUCAACUUUUAAGUGAAAUAAUGAUCAGAAGACUGAAGAAUGAUGUCCUAACUCAGCUGCCUCCCAAAGUCAGGCAACGUAUUCCAUUUGACCUCCCACAAGCUGCAGCAAAGAAUCUGAAUGCCACUUUUGCAGAGUGGGAGAAGUUAAUGAGAAGUCUGAGGUCAGAUGCCACUGAAAGCCACUUUUCUGAAGUCAUGAGUCUGAUCACACGCAUGUAUAAGGAAACAGCCAUUGCCAAGGCAGGAGCAGUCAAGGACUACAUCAAAAUGAUGCUUGACAAUGACAAACUGAAGUUCCUCGUCUUUGCCCAUCACCUGAGCAUGCUGCAAGCCUGCACAGAGGCAGUGAUAGAGAGCAAGGCUCGCUACAUCCGCAUCGAUGGGAGCGUUCCCUCUGCAGAGAGGAUUCACCUCGUCAAUCAGUUCCAGAAGGACCCCGAGACCCGCGUUGCUAUUUUGAGUAUUCAGGCAGCUGGUCAGGGUUUAACAUUCACUGCUGCCACUCACGUUGUGUUUGCUGAAUUGUACUGGGAUCCAGGCCACAUUAAGCAAGCAGAAGACAGAGCACACCGCAUUGGGCAGUGCAGCUCAGUGAACAUUCACUUCCUGAUUGCCAAGGGAACCAUGGACACCUUCAUGUGGGCCAUGCUCAACCGCAAGGCCAAAGUCACAGGCAGCACCUUGAAUGGCAAGAAAGAGAAAAUGCAGGCUGAAGAAGGGGAUAAGGACAAAUGGGAUUUUUUGAGUUUUGCUGAAACCUGGACCCCAAAUGAAAAUCUAGAAGAUCCCCAAAAUGAACUUUUAUUUACACAUUUUGAAAAGGACAGACAGCACGACAUCCGUUCCUUCUUUUCCCCCAAAUCCUCCACGGAGAAGAAACGCAAAAGAUUUUCUGGUGAUGAAUUGUUACACAAUGAUUCAGAAUCUUCUGCAGGCACAAAAGAAGAGGGUGCAGAGAAGAGCAAUGAAAACCUGGAUUCCACAAGGAUAAGUGAGGUGGAGGUAAUUUGUGAUGAAGAUAUUUGUGAACAUGAAGCCAAAAGAGCAAAGAGCAUAAGUGGAUCAACCCCAAUCAGCUCCAGUAAUAAAAAGAAAACACCUCUGAAUGGAAAAAAGCCUUCUUUGUUUCCAGAAAAAAACAGUGAACUCCGUCCUCAUGGCUUAAAUGCUUCAAGUGGAAGUACAGAUUUAAAUGAAGUUUGGCACUGCAGUGCCUGCACUUACACUAACAAUGCUCUGCUGCCUUACUGUGAGAUGUGCCAUUGCCCCCAGAGCAGGCAUGGUGAGAGAAAUGGUGAAGCUCCCAGGAGCCAGACUGAGGAAGAGGAGCCCAGGAGAGAUGGAGAGAGAGCAGAGGGCAGUGCUGAGGGCAGAAGAGGAAAUCUGAAGGAACUGGGGGCCCACAAAUCUCUGGAAAUCAGAGAACAGGAAACUGUUGGCCCUGAAAAGGAAGAAAGUGAAAAAGAAUGUGGAGAAGAUAAAUCAGACACAUUCCAAGUAUAUGAUGGGCUUAUGUUCUGUGCAAGCAGGAAUACUGACAGAAUCCACCUCUAUACAAAGGAUGGUGAACCACUGAAUCAUAAUUUCAUUCCACUGGACAUUCAGCUGGAUAACUGGGAAGAUUUACCAGAGGCUUUCCAGAACAAAAAGAAUCGUGCAUUGAUCCUGAGGUUUGUGAAAGAAUGGACUCAUCUAACAGCAAUGAAACAGAAGAUUGUCAGAAAAAGUGGUCAGAUAUUCUGUAGUCCCAUUCAUGCUGCAGAGGAGCUGUCUAAAAAGCAGUCAGUGGGCAGCAGCACAAAGAGGUAUGUGACCAGGGAGGAUGUGGCAGCAGCCUCGCUCUCCAAGGCCAGCAGCAGUGGGGGCAGCGUUCGCCUCAUCUCCAAAGAAAUGGACAAAUGUGCUGCUCCUAAACCACCCACAAAAUGGGUUCCAGAACCUGGGAAUGCUCCCUCAGCCCUCCCUGCAGGGCAGACUGAUGCCGGGGGCCCCUCCCUGUCCCGAGGGUAUCUGCAGGCCCUGGACGAGCAGGGGACCCCGCUGUGCCUGAGCUGCCAGCAGCCAACAGCUGAGCCCCCUGGCGGCUGCCCGGCCUGGGACACGCGCUUCUGCUGCCACGCCUGCCAGGAGGAUUUCUGCAUCCGCUCCAGCCAGAGCUACCUGCGCUCCCAGGUGUUCCUCAUCGAGCACGGCGUGUGCCAGGCCUGCCACAACAACGCCCAGGAGCUUUUCCUCAGCGUCAGGGAUGCACCCAGGAGCCAGAGGAAGCAGCUUCUGGAGAGCUCUUGGAUGUCUCACCUUCCCCUUGGGCAGCUGAAUGAGAUGAUCAGGAGCCCGGCCGAGGGGCAGUUCUGGCAGGUGGAUCACAUCCAGCCCGUGUACAGCGGAGGAGGACAGUGCUCCCUGGAGAACCUUCAGACCCUGUGCACAGCCUGCCACAGGGAGAGAACUGCAAAACAGGCCAAGGAAAGAAGCCAGCUGAAGAGAAAGUCUUUAGCUACAAAGUAUGCCUGUGAUAUCACCAAAUUUUUGGUGAAGAAGUAAAAUGCACAGUACAUUCAGGUACAUUGUAAUGGUGAAACCAACACAGUUAGUGUUUUCCUCUUGCUCUGAUUUAACAGAAAUUGCUGAUAUCAUGCUAUUGGUAAAGAGAAGAAAAUAAGGAAUUAAACCAAAG